CCGCUUCCUGUUUCCGGUUUCUGGAGCAGGGAGCCGAGCGGCGCUUUGGGGAGCGCUGGCCUCAGACAGGAACGGAGGACCGGGGUCUGCGGCCCGCCCCCCUCCCCCCAUCUCCCAACCCCAGGGCCACAUUCUUGGGGGCUUCUUCGCUUCAGCUGCUGUGUUUUCCGUGACACGAUGUUCCCCUUCUCUGGCUGCUGGAGGACUGAACUGUUACUAUUGCUAGUCCUGGCUUUGGCUGUGAGAGAAUCCUGGCAGGCAGAAGAAAAGUCUUGUGACCUGGUAGGAGACAAUGAUAAGGAGUCAAAGCAAGAGAAGGCUCUCCUGGAGAGGCUACGGCCACUGUUUAACAAAAGUUUUGAGAGCACUGUGGGCCAGGGCUUAGAUACAUACAGCUAUAGAUUCAGAGUAUGCCGGGAAGCUGGCAACCACUCCUCUGGAGCAGGCCUGGUGCAGAUCAGCAAAAACAAUGGGAAGGAGACGGUGGUCGGGAGAAUCAACGAGACUCACAUCUUCAAUGGAAGUAAUUGGAUCAUGCUGAUAUAUAAAGGGGGUGAUGAAUAUGACAACCACUGUGGCAGAGAACAGCGUCGAGCAGUGGUGAUGAUCUCCUGCAACCGACGCACAUUAGCGGGCAAUUUUAACCCAGUGUCUGAGGAACGGAACAAAGUCCAAGAUUGUCUGUACCUCUUCGAGAUGGACAGCAGCGUAGCCUGUUCACCAGAGGUUUCCCACCUCAGUGUGGGCUCUAUCUUACUGGUCAUAUUUGUUUCAUUGGUUGCUGUCUACAUUAUUGGGGGUUUCUUAUACCAGCGACUGGUGGUGGGAGCCAAGGGAAUGGAGCAGUUCCCCCAUUUGGCCUUCUGGCAAGAUCUUGGCAACCUGGUAGCUGAUGGUUGUGACUUUGUGUGCCGCUCCAAACCCCGCAACGUGCCUGCUGCCUAUCGUGGAGUUGGGGAUGACCAGCUGGGGGAAGAGUCAGAAGAAAGGGAUGACCAUUUGCUACCAAUGUGAUUGCACUUUUACUGUCCAGCCAGCUCUUUAUUCCCCACACCAAAGCAUACACAGCCAGACUUCUCAAGCCGCCUCUUCUCAUCUCUCACCUUGCCGUUAAUACUCUUGCUUUCCAGUUGGCUUUUGAUUUGACCCUAAACUGCCUCCCUUUGCUCAUAUUGUUUCUCCUCUGCACAAGUACAGUGGAAAGUAGACAUAGGGUCUUCGGGGCUGACUCUUGUGCCGUCAGGAAGAGCAAGGACCGCUAAAUGGGCAGAAAGCCACGAGCCCUGUCUAAAUAUUUUCACAAGUUGAGACACUGGAUUUCUUUAAUUAAAAAAAAAAAAAGCUAAGAUUACUUGUACCUUAAUUGCUUCCUGUUGUCUCUGUCCCUAAAGCAGUCUCCCUGAGGAUCUGAGUGUGACUGCAUAGAGUUGCUUUGCAGUGCUUACCUGGCUGUAGCCCAAACACUGCCAUUUGCCUCGAGCCUGGAGUGAGUCACUGAAAUGCCCCUUGUAUGGGAUUAGGGCAGGAAAAAAAUGUGAAAUUCCCCAGCUGCAGGAUUCUAAGGCACCACCUAAGGUGUUUUCCGAUCUUUCUGUGACUUGAUAGCUAGAAUUGGGCUCCAAGCUGUGGUUUUAAAGCCAUAUGUAGCCCAAAUGUCUAAUCAAGCAGUCCUACCCUAAAGGAAAUAGACCUGUGUUCCUGAGGCCCCAGAGCUUGUGUGCAGGAAAAGCUGGUAAACCUGCUCUUGCUCAUUUUGCUCUACUAGUACUUCUCAACUUGUGUUGCACUUUUCUCACAAGUCUGUAGUUUGGCUUUUUAUAUUUCUCCCAAUCUUAUAGAAAGGGAAUGGAAGCAGAAGUGGACAUGGGUCUGCAGUUCUCUGCUCCGGGUAGGGAAGACUGCUGCUCCUGUUCCUCCUGCUGGCUCAGGGAAGUGUCUUACCCACGUACCUAUGAGAAAAGGGUUUAGCCUCUCCCACUUCCUUCUGUUUAGGCCAUGUGCCAGAAUCACAGGCUGAUCUUCCUGUAAUAGUGAACUCCUAGGCCAGUAAGUAACAACACAUCUGAACACAGGAGAUGUGGAAAAGGCAGGGCCAUUUGUUACCUUUAGAGAAGGACAUGAAAUGAUGUCAUUCUGACUUCUCCGUACCCUUGUCAAUGGUAGUGGGAUUUUUUGUUUUCUUUCUAUACAGGAAAAUUAAUGUUAUUUUUUAAAAAGGCAUCUCAUUUGUUGUUUGCAUAGUUCCCCAGUGUUUUAAAUGAAAUAAUACACCACUUUUUGUACAAAAACAUAAUAAUUAAAAAAAACAUACAAAACA